AUUCAUUACAGUUGGUAAUCCUGAAGUUGGCGUCAUCAUCGUCAACCAUUUUAUUAUUUACUUUAUUUUUGUCGGCUUUUAACUGUAAUUUUAAAUAAUUAUAACUAAUAUAAAGCAAAUAUCAAGCGCAAAAUGAAGAGCGAUAACAACGCCGACAAACUGGAAGGAGAACAGUACAGAAAGCUGUUUAUUGGAGGCCUGGACUUCCACACAACCGACGAUUCACUCAAGUCCCAUUUCGAACAAUGGGGCGAAAUCGUGGACGUCGUUGUAAUGAAGGACAACAUUACCAGAAGAAGCAGAGGCUUCGGCUUCAUCACCUACGCCAAAGCGCAUAUGGUUGAUGAUGCACAGGCUGCCAGACCUCACAGAGUUGACGGGAGGGUUGUUGAACCUAAAAGAGCGGUUCCACGCCAAGAUAUCGGUCGUCCCGAGACAGGAGCCACCGUAAAGAAACUUUUCGUCGGGGCCCUCAAGGACGACGUUGAAGAAGACGAUCUGAAGGAGUACUUCAAGACGUUCGGCACCAUACUUUCAUGCACCAUGGUCAUGGACAAAGAAACGAAAAAAAAGCGAGGUUUCGCGUUUAUAGAGUUCGAAGACUACGACCCCGUCGACAAGGUAGUUUUAUAUGGUAACCAUAUCAUCAAAGGAAAGCGUGUUGAUGUCAAAAAGGCUCUUUCGAGGAACGAAAUACAGCAAGGAGGUGGUACUCCUCGUGGAGGACCAAGAGGAGGUGGUGGUCCGAUGAGAGGGAACCGCGGCGGACCUCCCGGAGGUUACGGAGGUCCACAAAAUGCCUGGGCUCCACAGGAUAACUGGAAUCAAGGAGGUGGCAACUGGCAACAAGGAGGCAAUCAGGGACCUUGGAGUAACAGUGGAAGUCCGUGGGACCAAUCCAAUCAGUGGAGUAAUCAAUCAGGUCCUAAUCAAGGGUGGGGGGGUGGACAGAUGCAAGGUGGUGGUGGUCCCCAGCCAGGAAAUUUUGGAAAUAACUAUCAACAAGGCUAUGGAGGUGGUGUAGUGAGGAAUAAUUAUCAACAACAAAGACCAGCUCCUUACAAUUCCGGGGGGUACGGAGGUGGCUACAACCAAGGCAACCAAUCAGGAGGUAGAAGAUUCUAAAUCACUCCAUAAUGUGUGUAAGUUCAAUUCUGUGUCGAAUGAGAAUCCAUACUUUUCCAUACACUUUUGUAAUGCGUUUUCUGUUGUUUGCUUGUUGCUAAAUAACGUUUUUAUUUUGGGACAUUGUCUAUAUUAACGUUUUUCGACUACAGGGCAAUGAAGCACUGCCAAAUAGACAGUGAUGUAUUUUCUGACAAUGAAAUUGAAUCAAAAAAGCUGGUUUUAAUGAUUUUUAUUAAUUUUUGCAAGCUUGAGACCCUAGAAAAAAAUUUAAUAAACUUAUUUAUUAUAAAUAAAAAGGUUUUAUUGAUUAUUUGCAUUUAAUUUUUGUGCAAUAAAUAACUAAAAGUAAAUUAACAUUUUUUUCAGGGUCUUAUAGAGAUAAUAUUUAAUAGAUCUUUAAUAUAGAUUAACAUAAUCUUUUUGGUUUUCCGCAUCCUGAAAGAUUAAAAAUGUCAGAAGUGGCAAUAUAAGAAAAAUUAUGUUCAAUGUAUAUUUUAAUAACAAAAAUUGCAUUUAUAUCUAGGAUGGGAAAACUUGAAAGAUAAAACCUUAGUAUUAAUUUUAAGUAUUUUAAUGACUGUGUACUAUUUAUUUUGAUUUUGAGAUAAAAUGAUAAAAAAAAUUACUAAUAUUAUAAAUAGGCAGAGACAAGAUAGGAAGGACUUUGCAAAAAAAAUUAUUUCAUUGUUUUUUUAGGCUAGGCUAGGUGAUAGGCAUAGGUAAUUUUAAAAUAGAUUGUGAAACGAUUUUAAUUUGAGAUUUUUUGUAAGGUUUUUGAUUAAAGGACAAAUAAUACAGGAAAUUUGAUAGUA